AACAAUUCAGAUCAGGUAAUAUGAAUGUUCCCAAUAUGUUUGUCGGAGCUAGUUCAGUUACAUGGGCUAUAUGUUUUUUGUACCCAGAGAGGAGAGGAGUUGUAUUCUUUUUUUUUAAACGUGGGAAAUGCUGAAGGCGAGAGGGGACGGAUAAUCAACUUUUAACAGUUGAAUUUAGACACAACUAUAUUGCACAAAUCCAUUUUUCUGGACGAAGCCAGCCUAAAUAUUUUGGUUUCAUUUUGUUAAUAAGACACUCCCGGACCGGACUAAAAUUUGAUUAACGCAGAUGCUUCUUAGUUGGGGUGUGGGAAGUCUGACUUCAGGGAAAUGGCAGUUAACCCGACCGAAUCACCAUCUCUUCAAACCUGUGGUGCCUGGCCUUACAACUGUUGAAUCACCACGAUCAAUUUCAGAUAAAAUGUCCAAUAUGAAGACUUUGUCCUGGUGUGUGUUUGCCCUGUGUAUUCUCCAUGUGGUGGGUGAGGUGAUCUACAUGAGAAUUGGUCUGCCUGUCAAUAUUGAUUGUGGAGUCAAGACGUCUAACAAGGAUGUAGAGUGGAGACAUAAAGCUGUGGGUGGAAGUGAAUCUGUGUUGAUCGUGGACAUUAAAGGGAGGAGUGGCCAGCAGCGGAAAGGAAAUGCUCCCAUGGUUGAAAGGGUAAAAGUAAGAGGGGACAAGCUGGAAAUCUCUGCUCUACAGGGUGGUGACGCCGGACUUUUCAUCUGUAUAGUGGACAGGAAAGAGAUGGAUCACAGACUCGACAUUGUCACAGUCAAUGUCCACCCCUCCAAUGUCCUCAUCCAAGGCACCAAUGCUAUCCUCGAGUGCCAGGUGACAGGAGUGGACCCCUUGCCCAGUGUGAAGUGGGCUAGUCCAGGUGUAAUGGCGGCAGGGGCCCCUGUACGACCUGGCUUUGGGAAAGUCUCUUUCAGCCCUGUGGCCCUGUCAGACACAGGAGAAUGGACAUGUCAGAUUACUCAGAAUGGGAAGACACACAAAGAGACUCAGACCAUCAACGUGAAAAGUUUGUUGACUGCUAAACCCCUCUUGCCGGCGGAGGGCCAAAAUGAUGGACAGGGGCACAGUGGACCUAACUCUGAUGUAAACACAGUGACAACUUGCUAUCACUGUACCAAAGGCAGCCAGCAGCCCGAUGAGGGGAUGUCCAUGCUGGGCUUAAGCCUGUGGGUGUGGGUGGCAAUGGGAGCAGGAUGCCUGGUCGUGAUCUUACUCCUGGUGACCAUUGUUCUCCUGCACCGCAGGAACAAAAGGAUGAAGAGAAGAGACCGGAAGGUGAAGAACAUCAGAGAGCCCCUGAAGUCCAACAACUACUGCCAGUGUAACCGCACGCUAGUGGGUCCACCUCGGAGGACACAGAGAGAGAAGCCUUUGGCUGUACCACGGAAACAGCGCUGAUGGAGCGGAGUAUUAUGGGCUGGAACAUCCUUGAUCGACGACACAGGGUGGAUGGAAAAAUGAUAGAGAGAGAGAAAAGUAGUCUUACACAGUUAGAGAGAUCCAAGGGAGAGAGAGGGAGAGAGGGGGAGAGAUCAUGUAAAUGGGCUUAUGUCUGUUUCAAAAACACGAAUGAUGAAAUUAUAUAAACUGAAAAUCACGUAUUGAAGAAAGAAACAAGCAAUGUUAUUCUUACCUAUGUUAUUGAAUGUCAUCUGACGUCUUUCAAGCAUUGUCAGGCCUUUUUUUUUAAAUACCUGCUUGUUAUAUUAUGAAUUGAUAUACCUGUUCAAUUCAUGUGUUUUCUUGUUGAAGGGAAUGAAGAUCAUAUAAAUCAAUAAAGCAUAUUUUUUGGA